UUGGGAUCAAUUGAUGGCAUCAUUGACUAUACCUUAACCCUAACCCUCUCUCCGAUCAUCACUUUCUCGGCCACUGACCACAACUCAAACGCUUUGACACUCAUUUCCAGGGAUCAGACACUCGGACAUAUAUUACAAGCCAUUGAAUCGAUGGGAAUGUCAUCUAAACGUCUUCGAGAGGACAUCGACGAGGAAGAAGACAAUGGGAAGCGAUUGUGUCGAUCACAUACUUAUGACUCGCAUUCAGUGACGCAAAGAAGUGGUGACCAAACAGUGGGUGCAAACGAUGGCAAUAACGGCGCGAAGAAGUGUUUCAAUUGUGUUCAGCAAAAGAGGGAUAAAGAGAUGAUUAGU